AUGUCUUGGCAGGGAUAUGUCGACAACAACCUCGUUGGAACUGGCAAAGUUUCUAUGGCUGCAAUUAUUGGUCUGAAAGGCGGAGUUUGGGCGUCUUCUCCUGGAUUGAAUGUAAGCAUGGAGGAACAGACGGCCAUUAUCAAGGGUCUCGAUGACCCGUCGCCUCUUCAGGCCAACGGCAUAUUUGUGUCUGGUAAGAAGUACUUGACAUUGCAAGCAAAUCCACGUUCGAUCUACGGAAAAGCCGGAGGCGAUGGGUUAUGUGUUGUGCGCACAAACCAAGCUGUACUGAUUGGUAUUUACAAUUCGCCCCUACUCCCUGGCGAUGCGAACAAAGUCGUUGAGGGUCUUGCAGACUACCUGAUUUCCGUAGGGUACUAA